AUGAGAACGUUGUUGAUCCUAUACUAAUUGUUAUUCUUAAUAAUACUGCAAUUGUCUCAGAAUAUUAAACUAUAAUUGUUGAAAAUGAAAAAUAGCUUAAAUUAAAAACUCCAAUUGUGA